UCGUAUUGUUAAAAGCCAGAGAGAGAAAUUUCGCUUGGUAGAAUAGUGAUAGUGCAAACUGUUGAAUUUUACACAACAUUUUUUAUUGAAGCAUGGUCUUUUCCACAGUGCAGUUAAAUUUUUUGUCAAUUUGUUGAAUUUUCACAAGACAGUGUGUUCUCGUAAAUAUUUUUGGAAUCUGGAAUACCAUUUUUGUCAACAUUCUUGAAACGAAAAUUUCAAAUACAUUUACAAGCAUGGAUUUUAUAACUUUUCUACGAGUAAUCGUAUUAGUAAAUGGUGUUUAUUGCUUCGUUCCCCGCGGCGAUGCGGCAACAAAAACAAUAACGCUUCCAAUAAAACAACAAAUUUCUCCAGCUAAUGAUAUAUCAGUUUAUGACCCAGGAGUUGUGGAUCGUUUGAAUGAAGAUAUAUUAAAUAGUGAAACUGAUGGGGAUGUAGGUGAUGAUUUCACUGUAGAUGGAAAUAAUUUGGAAUUAAAUAGAGUGCUUGAUGAACUUCGUGAUGAAAUUAAAUUCGACGAGAGUCUUGCAAGCAAAUCUGCUAUGCUUCUGAAAUUACUUGAGGUAACAUCGGCAAAAUCUCCUCUACCAAUUGUGUAUAUCGAAGAUGAUAUUGAUGAGCCAAUGGACGACAUGCUAAUGAAUAAACGAUCUGGUCGAUAUUAUCGUCGAUACCCGUGGAAACGACAAAAUACACGGUCUAGAACACGAUACGAGUCUGAGUCAAGAUACUUAUGCGUGCCAAGCCGUGAAGAUGUAGUCAAAUUAUUGAUGGGACUACAUGAGAAUCGCAAUGGAAAUAACCAUAAAACAGUAUCAUUUUGUAAUCGUAAGCGACCUGCGAAAAACAUUUUCACAAACAUUCGAUUUUUAGGAUAAACGUUACCUUCAGUAACGCUUUGUAACAUGCUUUGUAAUUGUUGCAAAAAAGUGUAAAAUUAAGGGACAGAUUUACAUCGGAGCUUUGUUCAAUUGUCUUUAGUUUGUUUUCAAUAAACCUUAUUUAUAAAAAAAAUUAUAAAAUUUUCGAAUUAAAAAAGAAAGAGAAAAACAAUCUAUCAUUAUAUUCCAAAGAACAUUUAUGUA